AUGGUUUGGAUUAAAUGGGACACAAGGACGAGACCAAAGAAAGAUGGAGGGCUGGGGAUCAAGGAUCUAAGGGCGCAAAAUUUGGCUUUAUUGGGCAAGCAAUGUUGGCGUCUAAUGAAAUACCCUAAUUCUACUAUAUCAAGAAUGCUCAAAGCUAAAUAUUUCAGAUAUACAGAUUUCCUACAUGCAGAGAUAGGAAGCGUACCGUCGUGGGGUUGGAGAAGUGUUCUUGAAGGGCGCAAGGUGAUCGAGAAAGGCUUGUUAUGGAAAAUAGGCUCUGGCACUAAUGUUCGCAUCUUCUAUGACCCCUGGCUCCCACCACCAGUGCCCCUUAAUGUCCCUCAAAAUGCACUCACAAUCCCGCCAAAUAUGCAAGUGAGAGUCCAAAGCUCUGCUAGGGCUUUUGCCCCUCUUCGUCCCAUCAACGUCGCUCGUUCCUUGGUCCUCCCCCUCCGCGGUAGCUCGCUCUCUGAUCCUCUCUCUGCGUCGUGGUCGUUCUCUAAUCUUCUCCAUUCGCGGGAUUGCUCGUUCUCCCCUGUAUCGUGUUUGUUCUCUGAUUGUCGACGCCGCAACAAGCUGUCGCCACUGCCGCUACACUCGGAUCCACCACUUCAUUGUUUUCUGACUCCUGCCUCUCUGUUCCUCUUCUUCACCAGCGACUCUGAUCUCUGUCCUUCUCCCUCCACCUUUCCCUCUGCGACCUACUCCUUUAAGGUUAAUUUAAUUGAGUGGUUGAAAGCUAUGGUUGGCAAUAGAAAAUCAGAGGAACUCAUUGAUCAGAAACUUCCUGAAAAGCCGUCUUCAAAGGCUCUUAAGCUUUGCUCUGUUGGUUGCUCUUAAAUGUGUUGAUCCAGAUGCCACAAAGAAACCUAAAAUCGGACACAUAAUCCACAUGCUUGAGGCCGACGAGAUCCUAUUCGGUGAUGAACGGAGGACUGGAGGGGAAUCGUUGCGAUCCCAUGGCAAUUAUCAUCUUGAGCAAAAAGACUCUAGCAGGGAUAGAAAGCGAAUAGGUGGAAAGAUCAAUGAUCGAAAUGAAGAUGAUAAUAGCAGUAAAAAUCUUGUCCAACCCACUAGGUUGAGAUGAUAGUUGUUAAAUGGUAAAUGUAGCUAUGUAUUUAUUAUUUUUGGUUUUAGUAGUUUGCCUAUAUUAAUUUCUACCACAAUCUGGACAACAUGCAAUGAGUGUAUUUUUGCUGCAUAAUUUUCCCUCCCACCACAAUUUGGGAUUCAUUGUAUACUCAUUCAUUAUUA